AUGCCGAAGAAGCCUGAUUCACAGCCUGCUGCUUUUGUUGGCUACCUACAGUUUAUGCCUUGGAGCGAGGGAUCAUCUUCUUCACAGCUCAAUGAGUCUCAACAAAUUCAAAUCAAAGAUCGAUAUUCAUACAAACAUGCUUAUGGUGGAGGGUCAAGCAGCUUUACUGGGAGCUGCAAGGCUGGAAAGUUUGUGGCCAAGAGGACUGGCGGCUUGGGUUACAAGCAAGAGGCAAAGUGCACCUCCACUGCCAAACAUGUGGACAAGGAGCUAGGGUUUACCACUGAGUGCCAGACCCAGGUGAAGUACAAGAUGUCCGUUUACCCUAACAAGACCCAAGUGAAAAAGUCUGCUUCUCCUAAGAAGACUCAAGCGAAGGUCCGGAAGUCUGCUUCUCCUUACAAGAGGGUAACCAAGUCCUACAGCAAACGUAUUGACUAUUAUUAG